GCCCGGGCGGGGCCGGAGCGCGGGGGCGGCCCCGGGAGCGCCGCAGUGGGAAGCCAUGGCCAUCCUGUUUGCUGUCGUGGCGAGGGGCACCACCAUCCUGGCCAAGCACGCCUGGUGUGGGGGGAACUUCCUGGAGGUGACGGAGCAGAUCCUGGCCAAAAUCCCCUCGGAGAACAACAAACUGACCUAUUCCCAUGGCAGUUACCUGUUCCACUACAUCUGCCAGGACAGGAUUAUUUACCUCUGCAUCACAGAUGACGACUUUGAACGAUCCCGAGCCUUCACGUUCCUGAAUGAGAUCAAGAAGCGGUUCCAGACCACGUACGGCUCCCGAGCCCAGACAGCCCUGCCCUAUGCCAUGAACAGCGAGUUCUCCAGUGUCCUGGCAGCACAGCUGAAAUACCACUCGGAGAGCAAAGGCCCUGACCAGGUGGCAGAGACACAAGCCCAGAUCGAUGAACUCAAAGGAAUCAUGGUCCGGAACAUAGACCUCGUGGCGCAAAGAGGGGAGAAGCUGGAGCUGCUGAUCGAUAAAACAGAGAAUCUUGUGGAUUCGUCAGUCACUUUCAAAACAACCAGCAGGAACCUCGCCCGGGCCAUGUGCAUGAAGAACCUCAAGCUCACCAUCGUCCUCAUCAUCGUGUCCAUUGUGAUCCUCUACAUCAUCCUCUCAGCGGUGUGUGGUGGGCUGGCCUGGCCCAGCUGUGUGCAGAAAUAACCAGAGCUGCUGCUGGUCCCUUGGAGAUGAGUCCCAGGAGUGUGAAGAAGCAACCUACGGAAUAACUCACCCGUCACCUCUGCCACCUCCUCAUCCCUCCAUCCCUCCAGGACUUCAGACUUUUUGCCUUAUCACCCCAGAGGGGCCCAGAAGGAGCUGUGACCUCCAGAGUGGGCUGGGCUGGAUUACUUGAAGGGAUUUCUUUGUUCCUUUUCCUGUCCCCAUGAAUCCCUUCCUUCCCUGUGUCACUGUGGCUUUGCACUCGGAUGGGGAACGGGCCUGGCCCUGCCUGUGAGGAUGGAGCCAGAGGGUGGUUUGGGGGGGGCUGAGCCAAACUAACAGGGCAGGGACGAGAUGGUUUGAGUUUCUACAGUUCCUGGAGAUGCACAUCUGGCCACAGGUGGCUCUCAGUGCUUCAAGACGGGAAGGUCACGGCUCUAAUCCUGGUGGGAACAAAACGAAUGGGGCUUUGUGCACUGAGAGGUGGGAAAUCUCCCUUUUCCUGGGGAGUUUUCCUGCAGGUGGAGGGGGUCACCUCAGCGUUUGGAUUGGCUGCCUCUUCAUCCUCACUUCUUCCUCAUCUCCCCCUUGGUUUGUGGCUGGGUGGGCACAGUAAAGGAGGCGGCUGCACGUGGUUCUGGCCGCAGUCACGGAUCUGCUUUC